AUGAAUGUACUGGUUUCUCUGGGAGAAACCAACGCAGCUGGCUCAACCGACUCAACGACAUCUGUAGUUCUGGCUAUCGAUGCCCUGGAUGAGAUCCCGCUUGAGUCGCAGAUCACGAACAUGGAGCUCCUUAACAGAUUGACGGCUGCAAUCAAAACUGGUUGUGGAUUGCGCGUGCGAGUAGCGCUUUUCACGCGCCACGAUAAUCGGUUGCAGCCGCUCUGUCACUCGCGAUCAGGCUGGCAUAGAACGGUUAUACCUCGCUCUAGGGUUGAUGAGGAUAUUAGGACUGCAGUAGGUGUGCGACUCGAAAAGGGCACAAGAUUGAUCAAAGCCGAUAGAGAGAAGCUGGCCGAUCGAGUUGUUGAUAAGGCCGCAGGCAUGUUCCGACUAGCCAGUCUUUACGUCGACGAGCUUGUCAAGUCUAGACGAAGGAGCUUCAUGCCUUCUGAAUUAGAACAUCUCCUCAACGGACUCCCGACGGGCCUUUAUCCUUUCUACGACCAGAUCCUCGACCAAAUACCAAGGGAUCGCAUGCAGGAAGUCGUUUUCAGAGCACUGCGUUGGAUCAUGUUCGCAGCUAGGUCAUUCUGGGUUGAGGACCUGGUCGAAGCUUGUGCCAUAUAUCCGCCUUCAGGAGAGCUGUUCGACGUUGAAACACGGCAACACCUUCCCUAUCUCGAUGUUAUGGAAUAUCUGAGUGGUCUAGUGCGUAUCCAGCCAAUUCUCUCGGAAGACGAAGAGAUGGUCAUUGAACCCCGCACCCACACCAUUGCGCUAGCACACUUCUCUGUCAGUGAAUACCUGCAGCGUCUGGAUACUGCUCAUUACCGAAUCGACACACACUUCUUCGAGCGACAUUCUGCCAGUGAAUACAUGUCUCAAGCAUGUCUCAUCUACCUCGUGGAAACCUCAGAGCACUCACUAAGCAGUGCAAUCCACACUACCAUGAAAGAAUACGCAGAUCGAGCCUGGCCAUCACAUGUGGCCGCUUAUCUCCAGUCAUCGAAUGAUACUCCAUACGGGAAGCAAGCCACGACCGCAGCACUAGCGUCGAAGAUUCGUAACUCCGUCGAGUUCUCCAACCUGAAUCUGAUGCACCUUGUCCGAGAGCACGCGCGUAAUCUCAAUGAAACCCGUCCCGGCCACGAAACGCUUUCUGCGAUCAGCUACUUCUCAUUCAUACAGGAGCUACGGGAGUCCUUGCGACUCAAUAAACCCUUACCCAAACUGGAAGAGCUUCUGUACACGUUUCGCAAUCACGUUUGCAGUAUACCUUCGGACACACUAUAUUCCAUACUACCCCUCCUGAGCAUGGAAGAAACACGUGGCUUAGAAAUCGACUAUAUUGCACCAUUUCAUGCUACAAUGACAUACUUGGCAUAUGACUUGUUAGAGCGUUCUCAAGGCUAUCAUGUCCUCUCCAUGGUCAGCAACGGACGAAUAGAGUCCGGGCUCAUGAUGCCUUCAUGGGUGCCUACGUGGACUGAUAUCGAGGACCAUCCACUAGCACCUGGUGAUGCUAUUACAAAGCAGCCUAAGCUGUAUGGGGCCAGCGCGGCGAUUCGGAGAUACGUGGUGAACGGAGAAGCACUCUGCGUUGAAGGAUGGCUCAUUGGCAACAUAGCUCACGUAGCCAAGAUCCCCGACAUCAUGCGCAACAGCAGGAUAAUAGAGUUCGAACGAGAGUCACUAGUCCGCGUCGCGCUAGAGGACCGCUGUCGAGAAAACCAACUCUGCGCGUUUCAACGCAUGACCAAACAAUCGCGGGACUGGUUCACAGAGCUUCCGAACGCAUCGCGGCUACUGUCUGAGCUCGAAUCUCGGGGAUCUAGGGCCAGAAGAUGCUUUGCAAAGACAGAUUCAAAAUUGUUGGCGAACGUGCCAGCGCACACAGCGGUAGGAGAUGUCAUUGCAAUCUUCCAUGGUGGCGAGGUUCCCUAUGUGCUGCGGCCUGAUGAUGGGUUCACUUUGAUUGGAGAAUGGUAG